AUAAAUAAAUAGGGUUUUCUCAUUGCUUUAGCUUUCUUUGUCCAUAUCAAAAUCACGGAGAAAAAUAUAGCCUCAAACCUCUCGUUUUCUCUUUAGAUCUUUUUUCUCUCUCUCAUUAACACAAAGGAUUCACUCAAGAUUCAAAGGGUUUCACCGUUUUCCUUUUUCUGAGGGAUUUUCCGAUCCUUUCUUUCUGAACCUCGAGGGAAGUAUUUCACAUACUGUGCAAUACAGAAAUCAGGGAAUGCAGAGAGAUGUGUGUGCACGCUGGAAAUUCAAUCUGUGAAGAUUUUUCAAUCUCCUCUCUUUAUAGAUAUCCCUUGUCGGCCCUUGACGAGGUUGAAUAUGUCGUUUGCAGCAGAUUCAUGCUUUCUCCUCAGAUCCAUUAUAAAUCUACUAGCAGUAGAAUAUUUGCCAUGCUAAAGCACGAAACUGUGGACGACGGUUGAGUUGUCUGGUCAGUUGAAAUCAACAUCUUCCAUUGAAGUAGCACAAAACUUUUUUAUUUUAUCAUUGGACCGACAGUUUUAAGUAGAAAUGGAGAAGAAGGGAAGUAUUUUGUUGGAAAGGUAUGAGUUGGGCAAAUUGUUAGGGCAAGGAAACUUUGCUAAGGUUUACUAUGCUAAGGACAUAAAAACGGGACAAAAUGUAGCUAUCAAGGUUAUUGACAAGGAAAAAACUUUGAAAGCCGGGCUAAAUGAGCAGAUCAAGAGAGAAAUUUCUGUCAUGAAGUUGGUGAAGCACCAAAAUGUCUUGCAACUUUUUGAGGUUAUGGCUACAAAGAGCAAGAUCUACAUUGUAUUGGAAUAUGCAAAAGGCGGUGAGCUCUUCAACAAGGUGGCCAAAGGCCGGCUCAAGGAGGACAUUGCAAGGUGGAUUUUCCAACAGCUGAUCAGUGCUGUGGAUUGUUGCCACAGCAGAGGUGUUUAUCACCGUGAUCUGAAACUCGAAAACUUGCUGAUUGACGAGGAUGGGAGUUUGAAGGUUUCAGAUUUCGGGUUAAGUGCUCUUGCUGACUCAAAACGGCAAGAUGGGUUGCUGCAUACGAUGUGUGGGACCCCUGCUUAUGUAGCUCCUGAGGUGAUCAAUCGAAGAGGUUAUGAUGGAGCUAAAGCUGAUGUGUGGUCUUGUGGGGUUAUCUUGUAUGUUUUGCUUGCUGGUCAUCUCCCCUUUCAAGAUUCAAACUUGAUUGAGAUGUAUAAGAAGAUAACCCGGGCUGAUUAUCGGUGCCCGAAUUGGUUCCCUCCUGAGGUCCGGAGACUUCUGAUAAAGAUACUUGAUCCAAACCCGAAUACUCGGAUACCCAUCAGUAAAAUCAUGGAGAACUCUUGGUUCAAGAAAGGGUUAGGGAGUAGACCUGCAAAAGUACCCAAGGUGGAACCCACGAUCAAGUCAUUUGAGAAGAAACAGCCUGAGUUCUCAAGGCCAUCGAACCUGAAUGCUUUCGAUAUCAUCUCCUUGUCCUCGGGACUAAACUUGUCGGGUUUAUUCGUUGGGGAUGAUCGAAGGGAAGAUGUCCGUUUUACAUCUUUGCAACCCGCAUCUGUUAUAGUGUCUAAGCUCGAGGAAGUUGCUACAAAUUCGAAACUCAAGGUAGCUAAAAAAGAUGGAGGAUCCUUGAAGCUAGUCGGGCCAGGAAGUAGAAAGGAGGAAAUAGCCAUUGAUGUGGACAUAUUCGAGGUGACACCGUCUUUUCACGUGGUCGAGAUGAAGAUGAUCAAUGGUAAUACUUUGGAUUAUCAGAAGGUGUUGAAACAUGACAUGCAGCCUGCUUUGAAGGAUAUUGUUUGUGUUUGGCAAGGUGACAACCAACUUCAACUACAAAGACAAGAGAUGCAUCCUAACUGCAACCCUUCUCAAACUGGAAUUAAUGUAUUUUAGAUUGAUGUUGAUUUAGCAUUAGUUAUUCCGUGUUCUGCUUACAAUUGUGAGUAGUUCUAAUGUUUUCUGUGAUUCUGUCAUUUAGAAUUGUUGAACUAUGAGGUUCUGAUUUCUGUCCUCUGAUGUUUAAAUAUUAAGAGUUAAUGAGAAAAAUGUCAUAGCUUUUCCAUA